GUUGCCUCUCGUUUUGUGGCACUGUACCAGUAAUCUGCCACAGAAGAAGUCGUCAGGCUUCUACUGGAACGAUGGCGGCCGCCUUGAGAGGAACGUUGGUAACAUUGGUCAAGGGCCUGGGAGGCGCCCGCAUGCAUCAGCUGGCCUCUCGACCUCUAAGUGUUUCCGCAAGUCUCUGCGGACAAGAAACCCCACCACCCCGCGCUGAUGGUACCUUCAAAGUCACUAUGGUUCCAGGGGAUGGAGUGGGACCGGAGCUGAUGACUGCAGUCAAGGAUGUCUUUAAGGCAGGUGACAUCCCUGUUGAAUUUGAGGAGUUCCAUCUCAGUGAAGUCCAGAACAUGGCCAAUGAGGAGAAAUUAGAGCAGGUAUUGACCUCCAUGAGAAACAACAGAGUGGCCAUUAAAGGAAAGAUUCACACACCAAUGGAGUACAAAGGGGAGUUGGCAUCUUAUGAAAUGAAACUAAGGCGUAAACUAGACCUGUUUGCUAAUGUGGUCCAUGUGAACAGCCUGCAGGGCUACAACACUCGCCACAACAACCUGGACCUCGUCAUCAUUCGUGAGCAGACUGAGGGGGAGUACAGCUCCCUGGAGCACGAGAGUGCGUCAGGUGUGAUCGAAUGUUUGAAGAUCAUCACCAGGGAGAAAUCACGGCGCAUCGCCAAGUUUGCCUUUGACUACGCCACUAAACUGGGUCGAAACAAGGUCACAGCAGUUCACAAAGCAAAUAUCAUGAAAUUAGGGGAUGGCCUGUUUCUGCAGAGUUGUGCAGAGGUGGCAGAGCUGUACCCCAAAAUCAAAUAUGAGAACAUAAUCAUCGAUAACUGUUGCAUGCAGCUGGUCCAAAACCCCUACCAGUUUGAUGUACUGGUCAUGCCCAACCUUUAUGGGAAUAUUAUUGAUAACCUGGCAGCAGGACUGGUUGGAGGAGCCGGAGUCGUUCCAGGGGAAAGUUACAGUGCAGAAUAUGUUGUGUUUGAAACUGGAGCUCGCCACCCCUUUGCACAAGCAGUAGGAAGGAACAUCGCCAACCCUACAGCCAUGCUCCUCAGUGCUGCUAACAUGCUGAGGCACCUCAAUCUGAUGUUCCACUCUCAAAUGGUAUCAGAAGCUGUCAAGAGGGUCAUCAAACAAGGAAAGGUGCGCACCGGAGACCUGGGGGGCUAUGCAACAAGUGAUGAAUUCACCCGGGCUGUCAUUGCUAACCUGCCGGUCUGAGCUUUGUAAAUGCAAUUCUGUCAGCUGCUGAGACACAAACACAUGCCUUUUUUUUGUCUUAACUUGCCUUCUAUCACGCUGACUGCACUGUUUCAGCAAUGUAUUCCUGCAGGAGCUUCCAUACUUAUUUUACCUUUAACACAGAGGAUCUGCACCAAUAUGUCCUCACAAUUUGGUUUAUUUAUUUAUUUAUUAUUUACAUUUAAGAGAAAAAGCAUAACAGUAACAAACUUAGUAGGUCUUAAUUGACUCAGUUUCAGCGCAACAGCUUGGAUGCACACCAACCUUUGCUCUCUUGAUCCUGUAAAAUUCUGUCUAAUGGCUUUAUUUCAGGUCAUUAAGCAGCAGUCAAAACGUGAUGGAUGUAUACUUCUGAUUAUUUAUUAACUCCAGGUUUUACCAUGUCGCUUCAUUUCGGAUGAGAUGUGAAUAAAAAUGAGAUAUAACAGCUAGAGUGUGAAGCAGCUGCAGGACUCUUAAUGGAAAGCUAAUACAUUAUUUAGUGAUAUUAAACGUUUAUCACAGCUAUGGGUGGCUUAGUCAGCAUGUUUCCUCAGAACAGGAGCAACUAGAACUUACAAAGACUUUUCUAAGGCAUUGAAUGUUUAUUUUUCCUCACUGUAUAACCAAAAUGAUGUAUAUUAUUUGCAUUAAACUAUAUGACUUUCCUCAAUGAAACACAGAAUAUAAGAUAAUGAGACAAAAUUUAACUCAACCUUUAGGAAGUAUUGUUUUAUUCAUUUAAAGUAUUAAUGCAGAGCUGCAAAAUUUAAAAGUUCUGCUUUCAAACACUUUAUAUCUAAAGGCCUUUAUUAGUACAAAAUAUUUUGCUUCAAACUGUUAAAUUCAUUUUGUUUUCUAUGUUGUGACUUAAGGUAAAAUAAAAAAUAUGUAUAUGUUAGAGGAAGCUUAGAAAAGCCAUCAACCACCACAAACUUAUGCAACAUAGCGAUUGAUCUCAAAAGUGUACACACCCCUUUGACAAUGAUAGACUUUUGUGAGAUUAAAAAAAUGUAUCAUAAUAAAUAAAUCACCUUUAUUGUGACAUAUA